AUGUCUGACGUCAAAUUCAAGCUCAACACUGGCAACGAGAUUCCAGCCAUCGGCCUCGGAACGUGGCAAUCCAAGCCCGGCGAGGUCCAAAACGCCGUCUCGUACGCCCUGCAAAACGGGUACAAGCUCAUCGACGGCGCGUACUGCUACGGCAACGAGGACGAGGUCGGCCAAGGCCUCGAGCAGGCCUUCCGGGCCGGCGUCAAGAGGGAGGACGUGUUUGUCGUGAGCAAAGUCUGGACGACGUACAACACGCGCGUGGCCCAAGGCCUGGACAAGAGCCUGAAGAGCCUGGGACUCGAGUACGUCGACCUGUACCUCGUUCACUGGCCUCUCUUGAUGAACCCGCAGGGCAACGACGACAAGUUCCCCAAGCUGGCUGACGGAUCGCGCGACAUCAUCCGCGACUGGGACCACGUCGAGGCGUGGAGGCAGAUGGAGGACGUGUUUGCUUCCGGCAAGGCCAAGGCCAUCGGUGUCUGCAACUACAGCAAGAAAUACCUCGAGCAGCUUCUCCCCCAUGCCAAGGUCACGCCGGCCGUGAACCAGAUUGAGAACCACCCCAGUCUGCCGCAGCAGGAGAUUGUCGAUCUGUGCAGGGACAAGGGCAUCCACGUCAUGGCUUACAGCCCGUUUGGCAGCACCGGCGGUCCGGUGAUGAGCGCCGAGCCUGUUGUCAAGUUGGCUGAGAAGAAGGGCGUGAGCGCUUCGACGAUUCUGCUCAGCUACCACGUCUCCCGCGGCAACACCGUCCUGGCCAAGUCCGUGACGCCGGCCCGCAUCAAGGCCAACCUCGAGAUUGUCCAGCUGGAUGCCGACGAGUUGAAGAGCCUGAACGACUACUCCGACGAGCUUGCCAAAAAGGGCGAGCUGAAACGCUACGUGUACCCGCCGUUCGGUGUAGACUUUGGGUUCCCGGACAAGCAGUAG